CCGCGGUCCGCGGAGCCAGUCCCGUGCGUGUGCCCAGGCUGCGGGUCGAAUGAGGCCAGCGCGACUCAUGAAGGUCUUCGUCACCUGCAGGAUCCCCCCCGAGGGCCGAGCGCUGCUCGCCCAGGCCGCCGACUGUGAGGUGGAGCAGUGGGAUUCUGAUGAGCCCAUCCCCAGCAAGGAGCUGGAGCGCCGCAUGGCAGGCGCCCACGGCCUGCUCUGCAUCCUCUCUAACCGCAUAGACAAGAAGCUUCUAGAUGCUGCAGGAGCCAACCUCAAAGUCAUCAGCACCUUGUCCGUGGGGGUGGACCACUUGUCUUUGGAUGAAAUCAAGAAGCGUGGGAUCCGAGUGGGCUACACCCCAGAUGUCCUGACAGACGCCACCGCGGAGCUCGCCGUGUCGCUGCUGCUCACCACGUGCCGCCGGCUGCCAGAAGCCAUGGAGGAAGUGAAGACUGGCGGCUGGACCUCGUGGAAGCCCAUGUGGAUGUGUGGCUAUGGACUCUCACAGAGCACUGUUGGCAUUGUGGGUCUGGGACGCAUAGGUAGGGCCAUAGCUCGGCGGCUGAAACCAUUUGGGGUCCAGAGAUUUCUGUAUACGGGGCGCCAGCCCAAGCCUCAAGAAGCAGCGGAAUUCCAGGCAGAGUUUGUGCCGGCUCUCCAGCUGGCUGCUGAAUCCGACUUCAUCGUGGUGGCCUGCUCCUUAACACCUUCCACCCGGGGUCUCUGCAACAAGGAUUUCUUCCAGAAGAUGAAGAACACGGCUGUGUUUGUCAACAUCAGCAGGGGAGAUGUUGUGAACCAGGAAGACCUGUACCAGGCAUUGGUCAGUGGACAGAUUGCAGCCGCUGGACUGGAUGUGACGACCCCAGAACCACUGCCUACAGACCACCCCCUGCUGGCCCUGAAGAACUGUGUGAUCCUGCCCCACAUUGGCAGUGCCACCAUCAGAACUCGCAACACCAUGUCUGUAGUGGCAGCUAACAACUUGCUGGCUGGCCUGAGAGGGGAGCCGAUGCCCAGUGAAUUCGUGAUGUAGCCAGGGUUCCUGUCCACUGCGUGCCAGAGGCACGGUGCCCUACAGUCCUGCUAGGUGACCCAGGCUAGACUUGGGCCCCGGCAAGAGCUGGGGAAGCCUCUGCUACUGAACCUGCGAGGGACGCUGGUGCUGGCAGAUGGGCUUGCCACAUCCAAGCCAGAGCCUGUGAUUCUACCAUUAAAUAACUUCCUAAGACC